UGUUGAUUACUUGCACCAAAGCAAUGUUCUAGAAGAGCAGCCAAACUUGUUCAUAUAAAGGAACUGAAACCAUCUAAUAAGUGUUAACACCAUCAAAUUCAUCCAUGGCAUCACUAGAAUUUGAACCUGAUUUCAUCCAGCCCAUUGAGCACAGGCCAAAGCUUCAGAUCAUCGAGGAGGACGGCAUCCCGUUGAUCGAUCUCUCCCCGUUAAACUUGAAUUUCUCGGAGCCCAAUUGGGAUCUUGUGGCAAAAAUAGGUGAUGCAUGCAGAAAAUGGGGAUUUUUCCAGGUGAUCAACCAUGGAGUGCCUGCAGAGGUUCGAGAAAGAAUUGAGUCAGCUGCAAAGGAGUUCUUCGCCCUCCCGAAAGAGGAGAAGAGGAAAGCGAGCCGGGAUCAGGUGAACCUGUUUGGGUAUUCCGACUUUGAGAUCACAAAGAGCGUGCGCGACUGGAAGGAGAUUUUUGACUGCACAAUAGAAAAUCCGACCGUUAUAUAUGCUUCUGAUGAACCUGAUGACAAAGAGCUGAAAGAAUUGACAAACAAGUGGCCUGAGUAUCCUCCCGAUCUUCGAGACGUGUGUGAAAUGUACUCAGCAGAAAUGCAAAAGCUCACUUACAAGUUGCUCGGGCUGAUAGCCUUGAGCAUGGGACUUCCGGAAGAUCGGCUGCAUAGCUUAUUUAAGAAUCAGACAAGUUUCAUGAGGCUGAAUUAUUACCCACCUUGUCCAGCUCCUGAGCUAGCACUUGGCCUUGGAAGGCAUAAGGAUGCCGGUGCAAUGACAAUCCUGCUUCAGGACGACGUAGGAGGACUUGAAGUGAAGAGGAAAUCUGAUGGAGAGUGGAUCUUUGUCAAGCCAACUCCUGAUGCUUAUAUUGUCAAUGUCGGUGACCUUAUCCAGGUAUGGAGCAAUGAUAAGUAUGAAAGUGUGGAGCACAGAGUGACAGUCAAUUCACAGAAGGAAAGGUUUUCGAUUCCAUACUUCAUAAAUCCUUCACACGACGUAUGGAUACAGCCCCUGGAGGAGUUGGUCAGUGAGCAAAGUCCAGCUAAAUACAAAGGAUACAGCUGGGGAAAGUUUUAUGCAACCAGGAAACUCAGUAAUUUCAAGAAGCUCACCACUGAAAACAUUCAAGUGCAUCAUUUCAAGCUUUAG